AUGCUUUCGGUUCUCCUCCCUCUGCCCCACGCCUACGUGCCGCUCGUCACCUUUGACGGUGCAGCCUCCACCACGCACAAAUUCACAACAGAGUCGGAUCCGGUGAUGGGUGGCCGCUCGACGUCCUCGUGGCAUCUCACCAAGGACGCCGCUGGCACACCGAUCGGCCGCUUCUCCGGUGUCUGCCGCAUCGUGCCCUCCCUCCGGGCCCCGGGCUUUGUUUUUGCACUGACCGGCUCGCCGCUGCUCUCCUCGUUUCCCGACGCCUCGGCCGAGGAUGGGCUACUCCUGAAGCUGAAGAACGCCGCCGGCAACGUCACAGACGGCUACAAGUUCGCCUUCUGCGACAGCCGGAUCAACCCAUAUCGCUGCCAGUUUGGAACCUUCAAGGCGGACCUCAAGCUCGCGCCGGCCUCCGCGGCGGCGGCGCCGCAGACGCUCUUCGUGCCGUGGAGCCGCUUCAGCGACAAGUGGUCGCCAGCCACAGGCGAGCACACCGCCGAGCAGCCUCCGAAGCCGUCGAGCCUCGCCUCAAUCACGCAGCUGCAGGUCUGGGUGGAGGGCGUCGCGGGCGAGUUCGCGCUCGACGUGUACGAGGUUGGCGCCGGAAAGGCGUCCGAUCUGGACGGUGCGCCGCCGGCCGUGUCGCAGACUGCGGCUGCACUCGCUGCGUGACAUGUGUGUAAAUAAAUAAAACGGGCACGCCAAAC